AUCUUCUCGGAGAUCACCACCUUCCCCACCUCCAACUUCGGACACCAGGACUCAAUCACCAUGAAGGUCUUCAUCCUCUCCUGCCUGCUGGCUGUUGCCAUGGCAAUGCCCAAACUACAGAGCAGCAGCUCAUCCAGUGAGGAAACUGACCAACUGCUGGUUAAGGAGAAACUCGUAAAACGCAGAGAACUUAUGGACCUUCCUACUACCUUAUCCAGCGAGGAACACGUUAUGGAAGAGAAGGAAUUCUACCAGCCCCGUCUGAAAUAUCCCUACCCGUUUUUCCCUCCCAUCAAAACCUACGUUAAUCCUCACAUUUACCAAAAGCCUGCUGUCCUCCCCGUGACUCAUCCUGAGACCCUGACUUAUCUCCAGCCUCAACAAAAUCCCGAAGACAUGCCUCUCCCUAAGAAAGAAGUCCUGCCCUACCUGAAGGCUGUAGUGGUGCCCUACCCUCAGGUUCAGGUCAUGCCUUACCCCGAGACUGAAGUCAUGCCUUAUUUUCCACCCAUGACCAUGUCUCUGGUUCAGCCUGACAUCGUGCCCCCCUCAUUCUACAGAGAGGCCGUCAUCAGACCGGUGGCCUACAACCUUCCUCAACCGGUUCAGAAGAUCCCAGAAACCAACUGAAGUAAUGCAGUCCUAGGGUUCUGGUAUGCCU